GCGUUGUCGCGCAAUUUGUAUGGUUCUUUAGAUUUUAAGAAAUAAAAGCCCUGACAUCGAUUUGUUUGUCAUUCUCCAAUCGCCAGCCGGAGAUCGUAAUAGCAGUCAAACGGGACUUUGCUGCCCGAAGAGCGGCCAGCGUGACUGUCUUCGUCAGCCGUUGGCGGCCUCUCAAUGACUGACGACCGCUCAAGCGUCGGAUGGGUUAAUUCCCCUUCGCCUGAGCCUCUAACCGGGCUGCCAAAGACAAGAUCCCAGAAACCGACGAGGCCUGCAUCUGCGUCGGCGACGACCCUUCCAUAUCGGAGCUCUAAUGCAUCGCUCUCCUCACUCUUUGCGUCCACGUCGACUCUUCCCUCAAGGGCAGGGUCAGCGCAAAUAGACACACCAUCUCAGGAGACAGGCUCAGAGUCACUGUUCUUAACUGCAUCACCGGGAGCAGUAUCUUCCCCUACUUUUCUCGAAGACCGGUCGGACGAUCCCAGAAAGCUUAUUACGAGGGCCUUUGUUCCUCAUGUCGCAGUUCAUGCUUCUCCAGAUACAGACGAGAUUCUAAAAGAAAAGGGAUUUGAGGGUGGUUUCAGAGAAAUACUUCGGCCUUUCGGCGAACGUGUCCAUGGAAAGGUUACGGUGAGAGACAGUGUAGGCGCAAGCCGGACUUGGGAUGAUUUCGGUGUACGAUUUGUUGGCCUGGGAGAUGGUAUUGAAGACCCGCGGAACGGAAAUCAUCGAAACUCGAAUGCCUUGCCGAGAGGUUCAUUCGGCUCCUUGGAUCAAGGGCAAGCUCUACCGGGUUUGCGACGAGGAGGGGACAUCUCAGCAAUUGAAGCACUCGUUGAACGACAUCUGGCAUACGCAGAGCUGGUCUCGGGUGACUACAUUACCGAUUAUCUCAACUACCAGGAUCUUUCGUCCCAAAGUUCUUCUUCUAUCUCGCCAUUCUUUUCGCUAUAUCUUCGAAGGCUCUUAUCAGCCAUACCGUUGACUCCUCAUGAGACUUUCUCUCAUCCGGUGGCCUGUGUCAUAGCCAUUAGCUCGAGAAACCCAUCUCCUAUUGAGAGCCUUCGCCAGUUAUACAAUACUACCAGUCAAGGAGAGAAGAAACUGCCUGUGUGGGUGAACAACGAUUAUCUAAGAUAUUAUGUCCUUGUUCAUGACGAGGAUAAAGAUGACAUAGCUAAAUCCACUGUUUUGUUUGAUCAAAUGAAAAGGCAUUUUGGCCUCCACUGUCAUCUUCUUAGACUCCGGAGUAGCCAGUGUUUGCCAACAGAUGACGAUAGCGUCCGAUUGCCAAUUUGCAAUUGGAUUUCCGCCGCCGAAGAACUUGCUGAAAUUCAAAGACGAGAGCACUCGGAGGAUAUUGAGGACCCAAGACCUUGUCUUUUCGAUUCCGACGCAACAGCUGUGCGCACAUUUGUCCGCGAAAUGGUCACCCAGUCGAUAGUACCUUUUAUGGAGCGGUGCACUGCUACAUGGAAUGACCAAGUCGCAUCUCGGAGGCGCGGCAUUGGCGGUCGUUUCAUUUCUCUUUCUAAAAGAUGGACAGGGUUUGGGGCUGGAAGAAGCUCCUCAGGAACUGGUCUUGCUGGGGGCUCUACGGGAUCUAACAGUAAUUACGAUGCAUUGCAAGGUUUCUACAGACCCGACGCACCAGAGGCGAUUAUGCGGAAAUUGGCAGAUUAUGCUUUCAUGCUUCGAGAUUGGAAGCUGGCUCAAAGCACGUAUGAACUGCUUCGAACAGACUUCAACAAUGAUAAAGCGUGGAGAUAUCAUGCCGGGGCGAACGAGAUGACUGCUAUCAGCACACUGCUCUCACCGCAAGCUAUGACCUCGAAAACCCGUUCAGAAACCAUUGAUCAAAUGCUUGACACAGCAGCAUACUCUUAUAUUACAAGAUGCAGCGCACCGUAUGAUGCAUUAAGAAGCUUAGCUGUUGGCGCGGAGCUGCUCCGUAUCCGAGGAGGCUCUGCUGCUGAUGACGCAUCACGAUGGGCCAUUCGUAUCCUUGAGACCAGAACAUUAGGAGAGAUAGGAAACGCCUUGUUCACUGAGCGCGUCGGUGCAUGUUAUGGGUCCCGUAAAGGAGCUGGCACCGGACGCUGGGGAUCUCGGCGGAGGAAGAAUGCCAUGUGGGACGUCCUGGCGGCCGACAUAUGGCUCCGAUUGGAGAAGAGCCUACAGGCUGAGAAAUGCUUAAAUAAUGCGGAUGCACUCUAUCAAGAAAUAGCUAAUGGCCAAGAACGUGCCGAGUUUGACGGAAUGCGCUCUUUCAUAGAAGAGCUGCGUGUCGAGCUCCAAGCCCGAAGAGCCCCUCCACAACCUGCUGAAGGAGAGCUGGAGAUGGCAAAUGAACAGAGCAAUCUCAUGGAGGUAGAGAGCGAGAAGAUGGACCAGCGUCAUCACCGCCAAAGUAUCCUGGGCGCGCCGGCAGCGCCUUUUGGCACGCUUGAUACCGAUGCCCUGAGUUCAGUACGGACCGUGGGCGAGCAGAAUGAGGGCCCUGAGAACCAGUUUGAGCCCAAUUAGCAUUCUUCGGUUGCAUUAUUUCUCAAUUUUUUUUUUAAUUUAACCCCUCAAUGUUCGAGGUAUCAGGCGCUUGCAUUGUCGUUGUAUUUUGGGUGAAGAUUUCAAUACCAUUUAAGGCGGGCAUUUCACUGGCGUUAUUCUGCGAUAUACAAUUCCUUCAUGGGACAUAUUCCAAGGACCCUUUUAAGAAUUCAAGUAUCUAGUAUAGACAAAUACAUAUUCAUUACUAUAGCAUUAAAAAUGUGAGGUUAGAUUUGAGGG